CUGCGCCUGCGUUGUGGGCGUUCUCGCGGAGCAGCUGCUGCCGCCGCCGCCUCCGCCUCCGCCUCCGCCGCCGCCUCCGCCGCUACCGCCGCGUUUGGGUGUAGAAUUAAGAAUUCCUGCGCCUCGUUAACAAUGAAGCAGAGUUCGAACGUGCCGGCUUUCCUCAGCAAGCUGUGGACGCUUGUGGAGGAAACCCACACGAACGAGUUCAUCACCUGGAGUCAGAAUGGCCAAAGUUUUCUGGUUUUGGAUGAACAAAGAUUUGCAAAAGAAAUUCUUCCCAAAUAUUUCAAGCACAAUAACAUGGCAAGUUUUGUGAGGCAACUAAAUAUGUAUGGUUUUCGUAAAGUAGUACAUAUUGACUCUGGAAUUGUGAAGCAAGAACGAGAUGGUCCUGUUGAAUUUCAGCAUCCUUACUUCAAACAAGGCCAGGAUGACUUGUUGGAGAACAUUAAAAGGAAGGUUUCAUCUGCAAAACCAGAAGAAAAUAAAAUUCGUCAGGAAGAUUUAACAAAAAUUAUAAGUAGUGCUCAGAAGGUUCAAGUAAAACAAGAAACUAUUGAGUCCAGGCUUUCUGAAUUAAAAAGUGAGAAUGAGUCCCUUUGGAAGGAGGUGUCAGAAUUACGAGCAAAACAUGCACAACAGCAACAAGUUAUUCGAAAGAUUGUCCAGUUUAUUGUUACGUUGGUUCAGAAUAACCAACUUGUGAGUUUAAAACGCAAAAGACCGCUACUUCUAAACACUAAUGGAGCUCAAAAGAAGAAUUUGUUUCAGCACAUAGUAAAAGAACCAGCUGAUAAUCACCAUCAUAAAGUUCCCCACAGUAGGACUGAAGGUUUAAAGCCAAGGGAGCGGAUUUCAGACGAUAUCAUUAUUUAUGACGUUACUGAUGAUAAUGCAGAUGAAGAAAAUAUCCCAGUUAUUCCAGAAACUAAUGAGGAUGUUAUAUCUGAUCCCUCCAACUGUAGCCAGUACCCUGAUAUUGUCAUUGUUGAAGAUGACAAUGAAGAUGAAUAUGCACCUGUCAUUCAGAGUGGAGAUCAGAGUGAACCAGCCAGAGAAUCCCUAAGUUCAGGCAGUGAUGGCACCAGCCCUCUUAUGUCUAGUGCCGUCCAGCUAAAUGGCUCAUCUAGUCUGACCACAGAAGAUCCUGUGACCAUGAUGGAUUCCAUUUUAAAUGAUAACAUCAAUCUUUUGGGAAAGGUUGAGCUGUUGGAUUAUCUUGACAGUAUUGAUUGCAGUUUAGAGGACUUCCAAGCCAUGCUGUCAGGAAGACAGUUUAGCAUAGACCCAGAUCUCCUGGUCGAUCUUUUCACUAGUUCUGUGCAGAUGAAUCCCACAGAUUACAUCAAUAAUACAAAAUCUGAGAAUAAAGGAUUAGAAACCAAGAGCAAUGUAGUUCAGCCAGUUUCAGAAGAGGGAAGAAAAUCUAAACCCAAAACAGAUAAGCAGCUUAUACAGUACACUGCCUUUCCACUUCUUGCAUUCCUCGAUGGGAGCCCUGCUUCUACUGUUGAACAGGGGAGUACAGCAUCAUCAGAAGUUAUGUCCUCUGUAGAUAAACCCAUAGAAGUUGAUGAGCUUCUGGACAGCAGCUUGGACCCAGAACCAACCCAAAGUAAGCUUGUUCGCCUGGAGCCAUUGACUGAAGCUGAAGCUAGUGAAGCCACACUGUUUUAUUUAUGUGAACUUGCUCCUGCACCUCUGGAUAGUGAUAUGCCACUUUUAGAUAGCUAAAUCCCCAAGAAGUGGACUCUACGUGUAUAUAUUCAUCAAAAUGAUGAACUAUUUAUUUUAAAGUAUCAUUUGGUACUUUUUUUUUGUAAAUUGCUUUGUUUCGUUUAAUCAGAUACUGUGGAAUCAAAAGCACCUUUUGCUUUUCUCACUAACCACACACUCUUGCAAAGCUUUCAGAUGUUACUCAGCUACGUAGGUACAUACGAUUUGAUGCGUUAAAUCACAGUAUUGGCAUAUCUUUAAGUUGGAUUCAAAUGGCCAUUUUUCUCCAAUUACAGCAAAUUGGAUUUGUUUUUUACAUGUAUGUUCAUUAACCCCAGUUAAACUUUUUGUUUGUUUGUUUUACUUGUUGAUGCUGUCUUGUUUGCAUUGAGUGUAAGUCACUAUAACUAAUGGUAGAACUCCUAAAGCUUCCUCUGUUCCAGUUGCUUUUAUUAAGUAUUUUUCACUUGGCUUCUUUAUAAAACUGGGAACAUAAAGUGCCUGUAUCUUGUAAAACUUCAUUUGUCUCUCUUGGUUCAGAGAAGUUCAUUCAUGUUCAACAGGAAAGGCAACAUACACUUGAGUGCUUGCUGUCUGAUGCAGUUGCAGCUCCAUAUACAUAGAAAAAGGGGAUGGGAUGGUGUCAGCCCAUCCACCUCACUGGACUAGUUUUAAGUAAAAGUUUUCGGGUUUGUUUGUGUUUUUUUGAAGCAUACUAUUUAGUAAAAUAAAUAUAAUGAAUGUUGCGUA